AUGGAGCUGUGGGGGGUUUUUGGCUUCUCCCUUCAGGUUGUGCUCAUAGUGGCUGCUGCGCUGUCCAACGGGAUGGUGCUGAUCUGCUUCCUGGGCUGCGCGGACCUCCGGGGGCAGGUGCCCGGCUUGUUCACCCUCAACCUCACCCUGUGCAACCUGCUGCUCACUGCCAUCAACAUGCCCCUGACCCUGGUGGGCGCUGUGCGGGGUCACCAGCCCGGGGGUGAGGGGCUCUGCAGGGCUGUGGGCUUUUUGGAAACUUUCUUGACCAGUAACUCCAUGCUGAGCAUGGCUGCCCUGAGCAUUGACCGCUGGGUGGCCGUGGUGUUCCCUCUCAGCUACCACUCAAAGAUGAGGUAUCAGGACGCUGCUGUCAUCCUCCUCUACUCCUGGAUCCACUCCUUGUCCUUCCCCAUAGUGGCCCUCUGCCUCUCCUGGGUGGGCUUCCACCACACCUAUGGCUCCUGCACCCUCCACAGCAAGAACCACGAAGAGGGGACCUCCUUCUUGGCUUUUAUGGUCCUGUUUCACCUGCUCAGCUUCUUCCUGACCCUCCUGGUGCUGUGUGUCACCUACCUGCAGGUGCUGAAGGUUGCUCGAUCCCACUGCAGAAGGAUUGAUGUGAUCACAAUGCAAACUCUGGUCCUGCUGGUAGAUCUGCACCCCAGUGUCAGACAGAGAUGCCUGGAGGAGCAGAAAAGGAGAAGGCAGCGAGCAACCACAAAAAUCAUCACAUUCAUUGGGACAUUUCUGCUUUGUUUCACUCCAUAUGUAAUCACUAGGUUGGUUGACAUCUCUUCAUCCGCCACCAUCAGUUCCCAGUGGGGCAUCAUCAGUCGGUGUUUGGCCUACAGCAAAGCAUUGUCAGACCCAUUUGUAUACUGUCUGACACGCAAUCAGUAUAAAAGCUGCUGCCGGGACAUGCUCAACAAACUCCUCAAACGUAGUUCUGGCAACACUGUCCAAAGGGCCAAUUCUUACGUAGGACACAUGGUGCCAACAACCUCUGAUUAA